ACACUCUCCGCCGGCGGAAGCCAGGCCGGGCAGUCUAGGCCCUCCUUCCGACUUGCCUCGGGCUCCUGCCCCGCCUCCCUGAAUGUGGGUGAAAGGUCGGCAGUGCCGGCACUGCUACUGGGGCAGUGAAGCUAGGCGGCGGGGAACGUACCGACACACUGACGAGCAGACGGACCAUGGCAGACGAGGCGAAGCCCAUCAGCCCGAUCAAGAACCUACUGGCCGGCGGCUUUGGCGGCAUGUGCCUGGUGUUCGUGGGGCACCCGCUGGACACCGUCAAGGUCCGACUGCAGACGCAGCCCCCGAGUUUGCCCGGCCAGCCUCCCAUGUAUUCUGGGACCUUUGACUGUUUCCGAAAGACUCUUUUUAGAGAGGGCAUCACGGGGCUAUAUCGGGGCAUGGCUGCCCCCAUCAUUGGGGUCACCCCCAUGUUCGCUGUGUGCUUCUUUGGGUUUGGUUUGGGGAAGAAACUGCAACAGAAACACCCAGAAGAUGUGCUCAGCUACCCCCAACUGUUUGCAGCUGGGAUGUUGUCUGGCGUAUUCACCACUGGAAUCAUGACCCCUGGGGAACGGAUCAAGUGCUUGUUACAGAUUCAGGCUUCUUCAGGAGAAAACAAGUACACUGGUACCUUGGACUGUGCAAAAAAGCUAUACCAGGAGUCUGGGAUCCGCGGCAUCUACAAGGGGACUGUGCUAACCCUUAUGCGAGAUGUUCCAGCCAGUGGGAUGUAUUUCAUGACAUAUGAGUGGCUGAAAAAUAUCUUAACUCCAGAGGGAAUAACAGAACUUAGAAGUCACUUUGCUCAUGUCAAUGAGCUCAGCGUGCCUCGGAUCCUGGUGGCUGGGGGCGUCGCAGGGAUCUUCAACUGGGCUGUGGCAAUCCCCCCAGAUGUGCUGAAGUCCCGCUUCCAGACUGCACCUCCUGGGAAAUAUCCUAACGGUUUCAGGGACGUGCUGAGGGAGCUGAUCAGGGACGAAGGGAUCACAUCCUUGUACAAGGGAUUCAACGCAGUGAUGAUCCGAGCCUUCCCGGCCAACGCGGCCUGUUUCCUUGGCUUUGAAGUUGCCAUGAAGUUCCUUAAUUGGGCCACCCCCAACUUGUGAGGCUGAAGGCUGCUCAAGGCUCUGGAUGCUGUCACCGAAGAGGAGCAGUAGGCAGAUGUCCUGACGGGUGAGGGAAGGGGGAUGUGAGAUCAGAGCUCUGUGCAUGGACUUGUUGAGACCAUUUGCCUUAAUGACAUCCUCUACCUGGUAGAACUUGGUGUGCCAUUGGGAAACCUGAAUUCACUUUUGUCAAUUUAAGGGAUCUCAAGAGGAUUUAGAGAUGUAUUAUGUAGCUUCUAGACCAGAUACCACCUGUGGCCAGAGUACUAUCUAUUGGUUGACUACUAGCCCUGUCAUACCCAAAAUACUCACCUCGAAAGAGAAAAUCUCAGCCUGCCACUGGAGGUACUAUGCACAGUUUCAGCCAGCUGCCAGGAGCUGGGGUCAUCUUUGAUCCCUAGCUAGAAAAAUGCACCAGAUUUCCAGGGUACCAUCCUAUCCUGGCCUGCACAUGGGGACUUGAGGCCCACGUCUGUCUGUCAAGUGGACUGAGUAAGUGUGCAGGGGCAGGGAGCCUGAUAAUGGCUUGACUUUAUUUUUCAGGCAUGCAAAUAAUCAAAAUUGAAACUAAAGUAGCCUAAUUUCCCAGAAGAAGGUGAAAAGCUUUUCCUCCCACACAGUGAGGAGGGUUUUAAAUCAAGAGUCCCAGCCUGCUGGGAUCAGUGAGAAAGUCCAGGGUAUAGGAAGGCUCUUUUUGCACACUCGUUUCUCAUGGGAGCCCCCUGUUUCAACAGGAAACAAUAAAUACUGUUUUUAAUUUUU